UUGUUGAAUUGCCGCGCAAAAAAAAAGCUUAGAAAAGCAGCUUCCAAAAAUCGAAAGUUGCCCAGCGCACGAGACUAACCGAGUGCCCGAAUCCGAAACGCAAGCCACGAAGCACUAAGCCACGCUUACCGUUAGACAUCGUUAACGGUACCCUUGAAAGCUUGCACGACAACGACGACGACGACGACGCCGCCGCCGUCUCAAGUGGACGCCGCUUGGAAAAACUGCACUUCAGCUUUAGUGCGAUUUUCAAACUGAACGCAGACGGUUUAGCCUAUUCCAAGCCCACAACAAAAUAAAACCUGAUCCUAAGGCCCAAAAGAUGUUGAAGCUAAAUAGCAAGGCGCAACUCACGCGGCUGGCCACACUGUUGCUCGUCGUUGGGCCAGCACUGGCCGUCGAAGUGCAGAAAUUUGGAUAUUUGUUUAACCCGCCGCAACCAGAGCAUCAUGAAAGGCGCGAAGAUAAACAGGAUCUGAACAAAAUACCGGGAGUAGCAGGCGUUGACUAUCCGAUUUACCACGAAGUUCCGCACACUCAAUUCAGCUGUCACAAUGUGCCCGCUGUUCCGGGCAUGUAUGCGAAUGUGGAGACAGGCUGCCAGGCCUAUCAUGUGUGCCACGAUGGCCGCGAGGGGCAUCAGGGGGCCUCAUUCCUUUGCACAAACGGCACCAUAUUCAAUCAGAAGGAAUUCGCCUGCGACUGGUGGUACAAUGUGAAAUGUGAGGAGGCUAUUAGCCUCUAUCAUUUAAACGCCGAUCCUGAGCAUAAUCCCUAUGUGCCCAAGAAAAAGCCUGAACUGGAACAUGAAGCACACGCGCCACAUGGCGGUGCUGGCUUUUUGAUACAUGCCUAAAUCGCAAUACAUUUCUUUCAUCCUCUAUUUAAAUUCUUUUAUUACAUUUUAUUGCGGCAAUAAAC